AUGCUGCCUCCGGUGGCGUUUCUGCCCCAGCCGGUACGGCCUGGGACCCGUUCCAAACGCAAGCCAGAAGCCAGAGUCAAACGGCAGAAACGCGCACUUCGCCGUCGAGUGCCUUGCCAGAGUUCCUUGACGCCCAGCCGCAGUCAGGCCCCGAAAGCACUGUUUCCGGGUGACGUCGAGGCGUGGUUACGCGCUGCCGCCAAACGCCGUCAAAGGCUACAGUCUCCAGACAGCGGUGUUUUGCUGGUGCUCGCGGCGCUCGUCGGCGCAGGUACUGGCCUUGGUGUGACACUCUUCAAGACCGCGAUUCGUGGCGUCUCGGAUUUUGGGUACGGUGACACGGUGGCCGGCGCACUGCUACCGUUCGUCGGGUCCUUGAACUUGAUCGCGGUGCCUACCAUGGGUGGUGCUUGUGUCAGCUUCCUGAAACUAAGAUUCGGAGCGCUAGACGGAGGUAUUGAGGCCAUGCUUCGAUCCAUGGAGAAGAAUGAACGGUUCCAGAGCGCCGGUGCAAUUGUUAAAGCCAUAGCAGCUGUGUUCACGCUCGGGAGCGGAUGUUCGCUGGGUCCAGAAGGCCCCUCUGUGGAAAUCGGGGCAUCAGUGGCGCGUCUCAUUCCGCAAUGGGCGAGUGAAAGACUACAAUGGCGGCUCUCUAGUGAGCGACUGCGUCAGCUUUUCGCUUGUGGAUGUGCAGCGGGCGUUGCGGCAGGUUUCAACGCUCCGUUCGCCGGGGUACUCUUCGCGAACGAAAUCGCGCAGCGAGCGGGCGGGAAUCACACUGAAUCUGGCACUGGGGCAAGUACAACGCCGGCUUUGCUCGUGGCGUCGGCGUUGAGCUCGCUCGUUGCGAGACUGGGUCUCGGCGAGCGCCCGGCUUUCUCGAUACCGAACUAUGACCUGCGGAAUCCGUUGCUCGAGCUUCCACUUUAUCUGGGAUUGGGAUUCUUGGCGGGGCUGGCGAGCCUCGGGUUUCGGAAAGCGCUCCUGCUGGGUCAAAACCUUUACCAAUGCACAGGAUUGCGACGGAUUCCCGUUGCCUGGCGACCGCUUUGUGGUGGUCUCCUCAACGGCAUGGUUGGCUUCGUCUUUCCGCAGAUUCUCUUUUUUGGCUACGACAUGCUGGACGCUCUGUUAGCGGAUACGAAUUUCAGCAUUCCGCUCCUGGCUGGCUUGCUGUUCCUGAAGCCCCUCAUGACUGCCGCGAGUCUCGGCAGUGGCCUUGUGGGCGGGACUUUUGCGCCCGCUCUCUUCGUUGGUGCGAAUCUGGGGGCCCUCUACUGCAAAUCCAUCGAAUGCGCGGGCAACGCGCUCCUUGCGAUUGUCUUCAAGACUUUGGGUGCAACAACGGCCACUGCACUGUCCGGUUCGAUCCCGAUUGCGGGGCCUCCAGCGUAUGCCAUGGUUGGCAUGGCGGCAGUCCUAGCGGGAAUGUUUCGUGCACCACUCACCGGGUGCUUGCUGCUGUUCGAGAUGACCCGAGACUAUCGUAUCAUUCUGCCUUUAAUGGCGGGUGUCGGCGUCAGCACCUGGAUCGCGGAUGACACCAGGCAACAGGUCCGAGCUUCUCCAUCCGCCUAUGCAACGAAGCGAAACGAAGGCCCUUCGCCGCUCUACCUGGGGCUGCGUCCAGAUGCCGAGUUUCGCUCCGUGGCAGCUUGCCUCAGCGUGCGCGAUGGACUCUCACCGCUCAAACCGGUCUUCCUCGAUGCGCAAUGCAGCGUGUCGGUUGCACUGGAACGCUUCCGACCGCUGGAGCACGGGUGCAUUCUAGUGACGACCACAAUGCCGGUGGAACAGAUUCAGGGGCUCGUUACCGUUCGGGAUUUACUUCGGGCCAAGAGCGAGUUCGGCGCUCUGCAGGGCAUCACUCUGGGUGAGAUUUGCUCGACUGAUUUCGAAAGCAUCUCGCUAGAGGAACCACUUGUGCGGGCUCUGGAAAUUCUUGAAUCCAAUUCAGCGCCGCUUCUGCCAGUUGUGGUCGGCACGACUACCGAGGAACGCGGGAGAAGCGAGCAACCUAAUGGCGCCUAUGAAAGUCCAAGUCGAAUGAAGAUUUCACCCUCGAUGGUUUGUGGUUUUGUAGAUCUGACCAGCAUUGAGCGAGCGGUGCAGUUUUCUCGUCUGCAGAUGGCGGCUCGCGAACCCGAUGGACCAAGUUAA